GCCGCACACAGCAGCACUGAGCCCAGAGCUACAUGCAACAGGAGUCAUGCUUUGUCCUCUGUUAUAGUUUAUGGUCAUGGCUAAACAGUACGACAUCUUGUUCCGGCUGCUGAUGCUCGGAGACUCGGGGGUCGGGAAGACGUGCAUGUUGCGCAGGUUCACGGAGAGUGACUUUGACCCCACACACAUUUCCACCAUCGGAGUUGAUUUUAAGAUGAAAACACUAGAGCUAGAUGGCAUCAGAGUGCGAGUACAGAUAUGGGACACGGCCGGGCAAGAACGUUAUCAGACCAUCACCAAACAGUACUACAGGCGUGCACAGGGUAUCAUCUUCGCGUACGACAUCACAAGCGAGUCGUCCUUUCAGCACCUGGUGAAGUGGGUCGGUGAUGUGGAUGAAUACGCCCCAGGCAAGGUGCAGAGGAUCUUGGUAGGAAACAAGUCUGAUGAAGAGCUGAGGAGGCAGGUGACAAGGGAACAAGGAAGCAAGCUAGCAGAAUCCUAUGGGAUGGAGUUCUUUGAGACCAGUGCCUCCACGGGCAGUAACGUCACUGAGGCCUUCACUCGUGUGACAGAACUGGUACUGCAGGCUCACAAGAGAGAUGUGGACAACUUGUUGGGAUCUCUGGAUGAUUAUCUGGCGCAGGCUGGACUGGAAGAAGAGAAAAGCAGUGAAAGCACCACCAACAACAACAACAACACACAGAAGAGCUGCGCCUGUUAGAAAGAGGGCCAUCACACAGCAAAUACUGUAGCUAAAGACAUUUCAUUCCCCACUGUGACCUGACUCAGCACUCCUCUGCCUUGUUCAUAGAUACUGUGACCUGUUGGCCAGGAGGGUGCUCCUUUGGUUUCACUUUUCUUAAAUCAGUAAAUGUAGUUAGCAGCAGCCACCAGCAGAGGGCUCAAUCUGUUGCAUUAUCACUGAACCCUGCAUGAAGGUAGCUCUGUAUUCGUUUACUCCAACAAAACUACCAGUGCACACGCUCUCUUUAUUUAUAACUUGUGGAAUGCACUGUAUAUCGACAAAUCGAUUGGUAACUUGUGGAUCCAUACCCAAGAGGUCGUUUUAUUCAGUUGCAAACAGUGUAUAUGCUACAACAAGGUAGCCAGAGGACAGAGUUGAAUUAUUUACACCUCGAAACUCAAACCAAGCAGGGUUGGAUUCUUUUACACAAUGAGCUUAUUUCCUCGACGGAGGCAGUGUUGUGCCAUGUUCGAUGAUGAUUGUUCUAAAUGCAGUGCAUGUUUGUUUACCAUCCUGAACGUAUAUGUACAGUUUGUUUUAUGAAUGUGACUGGUAUUGCCUACUGUAAGUUAUGCAUGUAAGCAGCGUUACUGCUGCUUAAUAUGAUGUUUUCAGGGUUUUCUGAGGUGCCACAGAUAUGACAUUUUAAUAUAAUGUUUGAAACUCAUGGAUGUUGCAAAAAAAUUAAGCAAUGUAUACAUUAAUAAAUUUAA